GCGAUAAAAAUGGGUGAACUGCGAAAAUCGCUGUCGCUGCCUCUGCCGCUGCCCUCAGUCGGCGUCACUUUGUCACUGCUCCUCUGCUGCUGCUCUUUAAUAGAAAUGAGCCGAGCGGAUCCGCCCGUCCUGGAGAUUUAUCCCAAGCAGGAAGUCCAGCGCAAACCUGUCGGCAAGUCCUUGAUCCUCACCUGCCGUCCCAGAGUUCCCGAUUCGGCUUUAGUCGCAGAUCUGCAAUGGAAGGACAACAUGAACAACACCAUCCUGCCCAAGCCGAAUGGACGCAACCAGCCGCCGAUGUACACGGAAACGCUGCCCGGCGACAACCUCGCCCUGAUGAUUACCUCGCUGUCGGUGGAGAUGGGCGGCAUGUACUACUGCACCGCCUCCUAUGCAAAUACCGAGAUCCUCGAGAAGGGCGUCACAAUUAAAACUUACGUGGCCAUCACCUGGACGAAUGCCCCCGAGAACCAGUAUCCCACCUUGGGCCAGGACUACGUGGUCAUGUGCGAAGUGAAGGCCGAUCCCAAUCCGACCAUCGACUGGCUGCGCAACGGAGACCCGAUCCGAACCACCAACGACAAGUACGUGGUGCAGACGAACGGCCUGCUCAUCCGCAACGUUCAGGAGAGCGACGAGGGCAUCUACACCUGCCGUGCGGCCGUGAUCGACACCGGGGAGCUGCUCGAGCGCACCAUUCGCGUGGAGGUCUUCAUCCAGCCGGUGAUCGUGUCGCUGCCCGCCAAUCUGGAGGCCGUCGAGGGCAAACCGUUCGCAGCCAACUGCACGGCGACGGGCAAACCAGUGCCGGAGAUCAGUUGGAUUCGCGACGCCACCCAGCUGAACGUGGCCACCGCCGAUCGCUUCCAAGUGAAUCCACAGACCGGUCUGGUCACCAUCAGCUCGGUCAGCCAGGACGACUACGGCACCUACACCUGUCUGGCGAAGAACAAGGCCGGCGUCGUCGACCAAAAGACCAAGCUGAACGUCCUCGUGCGUCCGCAGAUCUACGAGCUGUACAAUGUGACCGGUGUGCGGAGCAAGGAGAUCGCCAUCACCUGUCGGGCGAAGGGACGUCCGGCGCCGAUGAUCACCUUCCGUCGGUGGGGAACGCAGGAGGAGUACAUGAACGGCCAGCAGGACGACGAUCCGCGCAUCAUUCUGGAGCCGAAUUACGACGAGGAGCGCGGCGAGAGCACCGGCACCCUGCGCAUCGCCAACGCGGAGCGAUCCGAUGACGGCCUGUACCAGUGCAUUGCCCGGAACAAGGGAGCCGAUGCCUACAAGACCGGACACAUCACCGUCGAGUUCCCGCCCGACUUCAGCCACAUGAAGGACCUGCCGCCCGUCUUCUCCUGGGAGCAGCGCAAGGCGAACCUCAGCUGCCUGGCCAUGGGCAUCCCGAACGCGACCAUCGAGUGGCACUGGAACGGCCGCAAGAUCAAGGACCUGUACGACACCAACCUGAAGAUCGUGGGCACUGGACCCCGCAGCGACCUGAUCGUCCACCCGGUGACCAGGCAGUACUACUCGGGAUACAAGUGCAUUGCGACCAACAUCCACGGAACCGCCGAGCACGACAUGCAGCUGAAGGAGGCACGCGUGCCCGAUUUCGUGUCGGAGGCGAAGCCCAGCCAGCUGACGGCCACCACGAUGACCUUCGACAUCCGCGGACCACCCACCGAACUGGGCCUGCCCAUCCUGGCGUUCAGUGUGCAGUACAAGGAGGCCCUCAAUCCCGACUGGUCGUCGGCGUACAAUCGCAGCUGGUCGCCGGACUCGCCGUACAUCGUUGAGGGACUGCGGCCGCAGACCGAGUACAGCUUCCGCUUUGCCGCCCGCAACCAGGUGGGACUGGGCAACUGGGGCGUCAACCAGCAGCAGUCGACGCCGCGUCGAUCGGCGCCCGAGGAGCCCAAGCCGCUGCACAGCCCCGCCCAGCACGACGAGGAGGAGCCCGUGGUCGUCUCCAGUUACUCGGAUCACUUUGAGCUGCGCUGGGGCGUGCCCGCCGACAACGGAGAGCCCAUCGACAAGUAUCAGAUCAAGUACUGUCCGGGCGUUAAGAUCAGCGGCACUUGGACGGAACUGGAGAACUCCUGCAACACGGUCGAGGUGGUGGAGACCACCUCCUUCGAGAUGACCCAGCUGGUGGGCAACACCUACUACCGCAUCGAACUGAAGGCACACAACGCCAUCGGCUACUCGUCGCCCGCCUCGAUCAUCAUGAAGACGUCACGAGGAAACGACGUGAUCCAGGUGGCCAAGCGACAGGUGUUCUCCUCGGCGGCCAUCGUGGGAAUCGCCCUGGGCGGCGUCCUCCUGCUCCUGUUCGUGGUGGACCUCCUCUGCUGCGUCACCGUCCACAUGGGCGUCAUGGCCACCAUGUGCCGCAAGACCAAGCGAUCGCCCUCCGAGAUCGACGACGAGGCCAAGCUGGGCAGUCUUUACGGUUGGCGUUUUCCGCUACCUUAUUGCAGUGGCCAGCUGGUAAAGGAGCCGCCACCAUCGCCGUUGCCACUGCCGCCGCCCGUCAAGCUGGGCGGUUCGCCCAUGACGUCGCCAUUGGACGAAAAGGAGCCGCUGCGCACGCCCACCGGCAGCAUUAAACAGAACUCGACCAUUGAGUUCGACGGUCGAUUCGUGCACUCCCGCAGUGGCGAGAUCAUCGGCAAGAAUUCGGCGGUGUAAAGUGGGUUUCCGCAAGUCGGGGAACCCCAGCACCAACCGCAAUGUGCACAAAGAGGAGGAGGAGGGAGAUAUAUAUAUGAUAUGCGAUGAUCUAGCGAGAACAAGCCAAAGCCAAAGCUGGGGGAAGAACACUUGAGAAAAUCGAUCGAUUGGCACACUAAGUUGGUUUUAAUUUACUUUCGUACACAGCGUAAACCUUACUAAAUGUCUUACUCUAAUACAUACGAUAUCUUUAAAGCAUUUAAACACAUUAAGCUCGAAAAACCAACCACAAAGAUAGCAGAACAAGAACAAUUCCAUGUCGCUUCAUUUUCUAGUUUGUACAAGUAUAUUAUACUUUAAAUCGCUGCAUUUGCUUUGUUUUCCCCUAAGUCACAAGAAAGAAAGAAAGCAUAAAAUUACAAAUACCGAUGAACAAAGGAGGGGUGAGUUAAUAAAACAAAGAGAGAUGAUCGAGGUGGACCUAGCCUAAGUUACAUAUAAAAGUAUAAAUAUGUGUAUGCAAGAAGGAAAUCUUAAAUUAAUGCCUUACAAACAAAAUUACAUUUAUUUAGCAGUUAAAGCGAAGAGAAGGGUUGAAUGCAUGUAGGCCGCAAGGAGUAAGAAUGAUUUCUUUAGUAUAACUAACUUAAACAUGCCAUAAAUAAGUUUUAACAUUAAGUUUGACCCCUGAUCAUCAUCCCCACCAAUUCGUAGUACUUAAAACGCUGAACAAAAGACUUGCAAGCAUUUCUUUCGACAAACACAUGACAUGAAAACAGAUAGAUCAACGGAGAGAAAACCAGGGAAGGGACUUGAUUAUUUAGUCUAUAUAGAGCUCCCAUUUCCCAUUUGCUAAUUCACAUACUUAACCACCAGAAAGUGUAGCCCACGGACGGCACCUAAUGAAAAAUGCUCAAUGUACAUUAAUGUUGACGAAAUUGAAUAUUCGAAAUGUUUACGAACUGCUUAGCUGCUUGAAAAAGGAAGCGUUUCCGGUUCUCCCACUCAAGUUCAGACGUGCUGAGAAGACUCGAACUAAACCAAAUUAAUUGCUAAGUUGUAGCGAAACCGAAGAACUAUGAGAUUGCCAAACAUAAAGAUACACUUACUCUUCAUCCCACUUCCAUCAAACAACUGCAAAUCGCUCAGUUUUGUGUUAAAAGUAUUUUCUUAUGUAUGUAAAAAUUAAACAAAUUCUAGUUAAGAGAUCUGGAACGCAUUAACCUAACGGAUAUAUAAAUCUUAAAAUAUAUAUAUGUAUGUACAUGUAUUUAAAGUAACUCGUAAGUUUUUUUUUUCUACACAAAAACAAAAUAAAAGGAACAUCCAAAAGCGAACUACAUAUAUGUAUGUAAACAUGCCGAUUUUAAUGCAUGUAUGUUAUAUCCGCCAUUGAAAACGCAUUUUAUUUGACCCCGUACACAAAUCCUCGAUCCUUCGCAGAAAUCCCUUUUUUUUCUGUUCGUUGCCAAUGAGCUUUUGUAGCUUAUGUUGCCAGUUAAGUCAAGCGCCUUGUCAGAGCUUUUUACCUAUAAAUAUAUACACACGAUACUAUACAAAACCCCUAUCGAAUAACCCACAAAGCGAUCCGAAGUCGAGAUGACAGGAGACACCACAAUAUGAAUUUGAAUUUGGACGCUAUUGUUUACGGAACUGCUGGCCAAUCGAGCAUAUGAAAUAUGUUUGCAAGAAACCGAACGGAUCGAACCACUUGAUCCCUCCGUUCGGCGGCAGAGUGUAGCUUUUUAUAUAAACUAAACAAAAUUGAUGAAAAAUUAUACACUAAAACUGAAACGGGGGAAAAUAAAUCGUAUUUACUGUACCAUAAUUCAAAA